AUGAGCGCGUACUUGCACGGGUACGACGCGCUGCAGGGCGGCUACUACCGGCGCCCGCACUACCGCGAGCCCGUGUCCGCCGGCCCGCUGGCCUCCUACGACAUGGACGACGACGACGACUUCUCCUCGGACUUUGACGUCGUGGAGCGCGACAUCGACGCCGAGAUCGAAGCUCGCCUGCAGCACUCGCAGCCUCCCGCGCGCGUGUCUCCACCGCCGCCGGCACCGCGCACAGUGUCGCAGCGAAUGCUGCAGUCGCUGCAGCAGCACCGCAAGCAGACGCGCCCUAGCGCGACGCCACCGCGGACCAGAAGAACGCUGACGGACGUGUUCGACACGCAGCUGUCGUCUCGGUCUGGGUCGUCCUGCACCGACAGACUGGAGGCUCGCAUCUCCAAGAGCUUCUUGGCGAGACGAGACAGCGGCCCAGGACUUGCUGCAGUCGAGGAAGGACAGGAUGCAUCGCUCAUGUACUCGGGCAGAAGGACCUACCCGGCGGAGUCAGUGAGGAAGAAUGAACAUUCGAGACUGUCGGAUAGCCCGACGAACAAUGCUGCGACCCCGCAGGAGACCAAGAUGAUGGAGAUCCUGGAGAAGGAGCGAGCCACGAGGGUCUUCAGACCGCAGAGGUCGUCCCCUGAGGUGUCUUCGCAGAGGAAGAAGAACAACGGCGUGAGGUUCCACUUCAAGCGAGGAUCUUCCGUGGACAAUGACGCACUGAAUGGACGCAUGGAGAGGUUGGCGUGGACGGAUGGAAGAGCUGGCAACGGCGUUGCCGACAGCGCAUUGGUGAGGGCGCAGCUGGCCAAACGUGUGACGGACCCGGAGUAUACGACGCUGGCCUCACAACUAGCGGAGAUUGAAUCGCUCGUGGAGGGAAUCGAAAGCUGCUUGAAGAAGCCGUCGUUCUCGACGUUGGCUGCACGUGUCUUGAAGGAGCUGGAGCUGCUGACCAAAACGACGCAACAGAUCCGUACGAACGGAACAACGUUGAUUCUGGCUAACGUGGGCAAGCAGCAGAACACUGACUUCACGCAGGCACUCCGACGUCUGGUGGCGAGGGCAGCUGCUGUGCAGAAACGCAUCGGCGGUUUGAUGCAUGCAGUCAAGAAGUUCACGGUGUGA